AUGUCAGGAUUAUUUGAUGAUUGUCUUCCAUUAUCUUAUUAUUAUGAAAAGCUAAAUUUGGAUAAAUUUGACAUAAAAGAAAAUCGAAAUACAAUCGCAUCAAUCAUUGCUGGAUCAUUGUUUGCUGUUGGCUGGUGGUUGAUUAUUGAUGUUGCUGUACGUUAUCCGUCAAAUGAUCAUUUUCACAAGGCUCUUCUUACUAUUGGAAUAGUGGCAUCACUUGCUUUAAUCUUUGUUAACUCAAUAUCAAAUUCGCGUUUUCGGGGUGAUUAUUAUCGUGAUGGUUGUAUUGGUUUAGUCUUAGCGCGAGUAAUACUUUUUCUUUCAUUUCUAUUUGUGUUCGGCAGUGUUAUUGCUGGCGCAUGGAUUAUGAUUGCUUUAUAUAUAAUACCAAAUGCAGAACAUGUAUAUCCAGGUGUAGCAGUUUUUCUUCAAAGUUUAUUUAUUUUUGCUAGCACACUUACACUCAAAUUUGGACGAACGGAGGACGAAUAG